AUGGACUCGCGCCAGGACGAGCAGGAACGGGAAAUCACGAUGAAGUCCAGCUCCAUCGCACUCCGCUGGCUGAGCCCCAAGAACGAAGCCUUCCUGGUGAAUCUCAUCGACUCGCCGGGCCACGUGGACUUCACCUCCGAGGUCUCGACGGCUGCGCGCUUGGCCGAUGGCGCCUUGGUGGUGGUGGACUGCGUCAAGGGCGUCGAAGCGCAAACCAGGACCGUGCUCCGCCAGGCCUAUCGCGAUCGCGUGAAGUCCUGUCUCUUCUUGAACAAGGUGGAUCGCCUGAUCUACGAGCUCAAGCUCUCACCGAUGGACAUCCAUUUGCGAUUGCUGCGCAUCGUGGAGCAGAUCAACGCGGCCAACCAACAGCUCUUCUCCGAGGAGGUCAUGGCGGGUGCAGCCACUUCACGGCCACGCAAGGGCUCGGGAGAGGCCCUGGACGCCGUGGACCUGUCGGAGGAAUUGGACUUCGACGACGAGGACCGCUGGCGCUACAGCCCAGAACUGGGCAAUGUGGCCUUUGGCUCCGCGGUGCAUGGCUGGGCCUUCCGCCUGGACACCUUUGCCACCAUGUGGGCGGAAAAGCUGAAAGCGAAGCCGCAGAACUUGCAGCGGGUCCUGUGGGGCGACUGGACCUACCGACCCAAGGACAAGAAGGCAGUGAUGAGAUCCUCGGACUCCCAGGCAAACACCAUGUUUGCCAGCUUGGUGAUGAAGCCCAUCUGCGACUUCUACGACUCGGUCUACAUGGACCUGGACCGUGAGCGCUUGAAGGGCAUGAGGAAGCAAAUCAAGGCCUGGGACGAUGUGGACUUUGACAAGCUCACAGCAGGCCCGGCGGCCACCAAGGAGUUGGCGUCGAGGUGGCUACCCUUCGCGGACAGUGUCCUGCGCAUGGUCAGUGAGCUGCCAAGUCCUGCUGAAGCAGCACCACAGCGGCUGCCAGUGCUGUGCCCCAAGUGGUUUACGCCCAAGGCGAUCGACCACCCCGUGGCCCGGGACCUGCAGUUGAGUGACCCCAAUGGCAGCUGCGUGGUUUACUUGGCGAAGUUCCUGGCCGCGGAUCUGGAGAACCUGGUGCUCACAGGAACACGAGAUACGCCCAAAGGUGAACAGGACGUGGACUUCGUGGGGAUUUGCCGAGUCUUUUCAGGCACCCUUCGACCUGGGCUCGAAGUCCACAUGCAGCCCGACCCUUCACGGGUUCUGCGGGUGCAGCGGAUCUUCCUGUUGAUGGGCCGCUUCCUGCAAGAGGUCACCGAAGCGCCCAGCGGCUCCAUCGUGGCGAUCGCCUUGGAGGGCGAGUCCUCCGAGCUGGGUGUUGAACGGUGCCUGACGCUCUGUGAAGACUCUGAUGGUCCUUCCUUCGAAACGCCUUACAGCAAUCAGGCCUUCGCGAUUGUGCGCGUGAGCAUCGAGCCAGAGGAUGUGGCAAACUUGAAGGCCCUGGAGCGUGGACUCCGAUUGCUGCACCGUGCAGACCCCUCGGUGAGCGUGGAGGCCAUGGUCACCGGGGAGAACGUGCUGGGCUGUUGCGGCGAUGAGCAUUUGAAGCGAUGCCUCAACGACUUGGAGAAGCUCUACGCCCGGAACAUCAAGCUCUUGGUGACGCCUCCCCUGGUCGCCGUGCGAGAGUCCUUUGCAAAGAGUGUGGAGCGGCCUGAGUUCAAGGUGGCCUCCCUCUUCUUGCCCAUUUGGAUGUCCCACCUCCACGACGCCUCCACGGAGGCACCUCAAGCGGCCGGCUCGAUGAUGUCCAUCCCUUCGGACGACGACACGGUGACCUCCGACGCCGGUCCCGCCGCGACGCUCACCGAGCGAUGGAACAUGUCCCAGAGCGGAGUCAUGAGCGUCUGGACCGCCAACCGCAAGGCCUGCGUUCGGCUGAGUGCCAUUGCUCUCCCCGACGAGGUCCUGGCCUGGAUGGAUGAGCAUGCUGAAGCGCUGGAGAGUGUGGUGCAUCGACAGCAAGCGUCCAUUGAAUUGGUGGGUAGCUCGGAUGGCAGCUUGAUGGGAUGUUUAGCGGAAGUCGAGCAGCAGUUCAGGCAGUUGCAGGAGCAAUCGGACCCAAGUUUCCAAGUGUGCAACGAUGAGGAGAUCAGCCUUUGUGGCAUGAGCGUGGAUCGUGGAAGCCGCACUCUCUUGCUGGAUGGUAGUGGCUCUGGUUGGCGCCUGCGGGACGCGUAUGACACUGCCUUCGGUCUGCUGAGAGCAGAUGAAGGAGGAGUCCCUGAAUGGAUGCGGCCCCACCUCCUGGCGGGCUUUGGCCAAGCGUCCACCGCUGGCCCCCUCUGCGAGGAGCCCCUCCGCGGCGUGGCCUUCCUCGUCCACGGCGCCAGCGGCAGCUUCCGAGAGGAUGAGGAUGCUGCGGCUUUGGCUGCAAACCCUUUUGGACCAAUGAGUGGGCAGGUCAUGGUCGCCACCAAGGACGCCUGCCGUUAUUGCCUGCUACGGAAGGGCUUCUCGCGGAUUUCAGAGGCCAUGCUUUCUGUGGACUUGAACUGUGAGCAGCAUAUGCUGGGGAAGGUCUACGCAGUGCUGAGCAAGCGUCGAGCCAAAGUGCAAGGAGAAGUCUUGCGGGAAGGCACCUCCAUCUUCUAUGUGCAUGCGUAUUUGCCGUUGGCCAACUCCUUCGACUUGGCGAAGCAGCUGAGACAGGCGGCCUCGGGGCACGUCUCCUUCCACGUGGCCUUCAGUCACUGGGAACUCUCUGAGGAAGAUCCCUUUCAGUCGAUGAGCUCCCCCGAAGACCUGGAGGAGAUGGGUGACCAGCCGCCCCCGCCCAACACCGCACGUAAGUUGGUGGAUGACAUUCGAAAGCGGAAGGGCUUGCCCACGGACGAGAAGGUCGUCAAGGACGCCACCAAGCAGCGGACGGAGGAGGUGGAUGGAUUGUUACAACUCAUUGCUGAUGUUCGAGGCGAAAGCCUAGAGGUGGAUCCUGUUGCCUUAAAUGAGGUGAGGAUUUUCCUGCAAGAACACGAGGCGGAGAGCGCGAAGAGCGCCACGCAUUUGGUCUUAGAAAGCUAUCCUGACUGGUGGGUCAGGCGCGUUACGUUGGGUCGGAGGCACCUCCAUUUAUUUUUUCCGCGUAUGGCGGGUGCUUUUGAGAAGGCAAUGGUUGCCGGCCAGAAAUUUUUAGAAGGCUUGCGCAGCCUUCCGAGCUACAAGGACGCACAGCAGAAGCAGCUGCGAGCGCUCUUGAAGCAGUUGGGUUCGGUCACUGAUCUGACCACAGGUCAGUCAGGCAAGAUCUUGUCAAUGCUGGAUGAGAAAUUGUGGGACCACGAGUCUCUACAGCAGUUGCGGCAGCAAAUAGCUGCCGGGUGUACCACAGGACGGGGAAGAAGUCCGCAGCCAGCGGGGUGGUUGGCAGACCUUGGCAAUGAACCCUGGCAGACCUUGGCAAUGAACCCCGCCUUGCACGUGGAAGAGAUGUUCACAGCUGCGGAUGCCCUGAUGUCUUUGAUCCCGCUGGUGCGUCGUGCAGGUCUGGAAGAACUGCACGACUGGCUGGAAACUGCGCUGCUGGUGAUGUCGGCUGCGCGCCGAUGGCUAGCGCAGAUGCACCUGCGAGCGGUGCAGACUGCUUGUGCCGCCUGUGUGGCCACAAGUUCAGACUGGACCAAGGGGCGAAACUUCAUUCCGGGUCAGAUCUACAUCUUGGACACCAAAACGGCCGUGGAAAUCACGGGAGCAAGAGUGGAGCACUGCCAACACAAGCUGGAAGCAAAUGUUCUGGUCCUACGCUGGCGUUCAGACGGCGGGCUUCACGCGCUGGUUCAGACCCACCGACCGCGCGUGGCCACUGACGCCUCCGUGGUUCACCUGGAAUCCCCGGAGGAGCUCUAUCGGCACGUGGGCUUCAUGCACUCCCUGGGCGUCCCGAUGACCUUGGCAGAGAGGCGCACUGCCCAGGGCUUCCGAUUUUUCCAGGACUUGGAAGCCUGGGGUUCCCGAGAGGCCGCCCCACUGGCUGAGACCCUGUUUGGCCCGGAUUCGGCUCUCACCCGACUCAUUGGGACGGUGGUGGGCGAGGUAUUCCCGAGCCACGGGGGCUUUUUGGACGUGGCCGUCUACAACGCCACGGGCCUCUCGCAGACGAAGGGCGUCAGGCGGACGGUGACGGUGACGGUGAGCACGGUGACGGUGACGCCGCCGAUCGGCCACUGGGAAAAGCGGGACAAACCGUCGGUCCCAUGGAGGCCCUGA